AUGAGUUUCGGGUCUGAAUUCUUCAUCGACGAUCUGCUCCAUAAACAGGAGUCAAGGUAUAGGUAUCAUGCCGAAUCUUUAUUUUUUAGGUUUUGUACCUUCUCAAAUGCUCGGUUUUACGUAACGACGUUUAAUGUCAACGGCAAAUCUCCGCCCGAUUAUCUUGGGAAUUGGUUAGUAUUUGAUCCCGAGAACUUACCUGAUUUCAUCAUAAUAGGGUAAUUUUUUUUGAUUGUGCAUCUUCAUGUUUAGUUUGCAAGAAAUGGACUUGGCGCUUGGAACUUAUGUAACGGACAAUGCUAGCAGGCAACAUGAGUGGCUCUAUGUUUUGCAAAGGAAUAUUCCGAACACUUAUACUCAAGUAGGCUCUAAAAUUUUUCCAUAUUUGAAAUUGCAUUUUAGGUAGAAAACGUUCGUUUGAUUGGUAUUUUUUUGGUCAUGUAUCGUCUGCAGUCUUCUAAAUUUCAUGUGUCGGACGUCCAAACAGGUUUAGUGCCUACUGGGUUCUUGAAGUUUGGUAAUAAGGGUGGAGUUGGGAUCAGCUUAAGGUUAUGCGAUUCGAAUUACUGUUUUAUCAAUUCCCAUUUAGCUGCUGGAGGCGGUGAACUAAGCAGAAGAAAUCAGGUACAAAAUCGAUGACAUUACUAAAGAUUGUUAGGACUUUCGUGACAUUUCGCAGAUGAAAUUUGCCGAUGGAAAAGGGAUUUAUGACCACGAUGCCGUCAUUUGGCUGGGUGAUCUCAAUUAUCGCUUAAAUGCUGGAUUUUCUUACGAAGAAGUGGUUUUGAAAUGCAAUUCUAACCAAUACAUUGGUCUAUUCCAUCAUGAUCAGGUACGUCUUUUGUUUUGUUUACUUUCUUUUAGUUGAAAGAGCAACAACGCUUGAGAACUGCUUUUAACGCGUUUCAUGAGGUUACACCGGGCUUUAGACCAACGUACAAAUUUGAUGUGGGUACUUCUAACUGGGAUACCAGUGAAAAACGACGAGUUCCAGCUUGGUGUGAUCGUAUACUGUACUGGACGAAGGACAAAACCGUUAAGCUAAAACAAGUUUCAUAUGAGAGUCGGGAGAUGGUAUUGUUUAGUGACCAUAAGCCUGUUUGUUCAUGCUUUGAAGCCUCAAUUAAAACAGUGGACAAAAAGCAGAGAACCCUUGUUUACGAUGAGCUGCUGAGAGAAACAGACAGGAAAACAAACGAUUUACUCCCAUCUAUUCAAGUCUCAAACACGGAGGUAAGAAGAUGUGAAUACGGUUUCCAUGAACUUUUCAGGUAUCCUUCGGACAGGUUUAUUUCCGCCAGCCUGCUGUGCAGGUCCUCACUAUUAAGAACACUGGAUUAACGGCUACUAGAUUUGCGUUUGCUAACAAACAUCAGAGUUCGGAGCUACCGGAAAAUUGGUUGACCUUAACACCCAAGAGUUCUUUUAUUGACGUUGAAGAUUCUGUGGAGGUUACUUUGCAAGUUGUAGUGGACAAUGAAGAAGCUUGGAAAAUAGAUGCGAAAACAGAAUUGAGCUGCAUUCUUGUAAUCAGAUUGGACAAAGGGCGUGAUUAUUUUCUCGUGGUUAAUGCUGUUUACCAGCCCUCAUGUUUUGGGGCUAACUUAGAGACGUUGUUAGGACGGACACCUCAAGAGAAGAAAGAAGAACUCCUAAUUGAUUUUGUAAGCGUGUUUUUGAUAUUGUGGCAACCUUUGCAGAGUGAUAUCGCAGAGAAAUCCAAGUGUUUUAAUGUGCCUCCGCAGAUAUUUCAUAUGGUGGAAGCUCUUCGGAAGGUGGGAUUAGAUAGAGUGAAGUUCGAUGAUGCGUUCUCAGAUGAUGCAUUCUUCAAGAUUCGAGACAUUCUCGAUAAAGAGGAAUACAACAGUUUAGGUAAUUGUUUUUUUUUUUUGCGUAUUUACUCUUUUAGUGAAUUGUGCGGCCUCCUAUCCAUCAACUUUGUACUCGACACUACAUGUGUUUCUACGAUCACUUAGACAGCCGCUUUUGUUAAGCGCUCCUGUUUGUUCUUCAAACGCUUCAGAAAUAGACGUUUAUUAUAAAUAUGUUGGCACAAUUCCUUCCCCUAACAGAGAAGUCUUCAAUUAUUUGGUUACUUUCUUCCGAGAACUCUACAACGCCAACAGAUUACCAAUGAGUAAGUAUUUGAGAUCCGUUCAACCUUUUUUCUGUAAUUUUAGGCCAAUUUGAAAUAAUUGUUGGGUCCUUACUGCGAAAACUACCAAAGGGCCAAGAUAUGUCGGCUUUAAGGUUUUUAAAAUGGUGUAUUACCUUGGAUCCGAACAUUUGA